AGAGAGCCAGGGCUGUGGUGUGUGGAAAAUGCUAGUGGAGGCAGACAAUGCACUGGUCCGAGGCCUGACCAGCCCUCAGAGGGACAGGGGUCGCCUCACUGCGACAACAGCCCCCGUCUCCCUCCCUUCUUUUUCUUUUUUUGAGCUGCCACAGCAUGGGCUCUGUAAGGACGCUGAAGUUUGCCGUGUGCGAGGUGCUGCAGUUUGCAGGCCUGUGCGUGCCACUCUUCAUCAUCAUGCAGAGGUUCGCCGUCAUUGUAGCAAAGGUCAAAACCUCGGCACUGCCGCCCGGCGAUGGCCGCACAGCCUACUGGUUGAUCGUGGCCUCCUCUAUUGCCUAUGUCACCUCCACCGCCCUGCUGGUCUGGGUGCCCCUGAAAUAUAUGGUUUUCGUGAAGAAGAAGUUUCUCAUUGGGAGGAAGAAGUGGAGGCCUGUGGCCCUCGUAUAUGUGAUCCUGUCCACAUUACCCUGCUUUGCCUUUCUCAUCGCCAGCUCUGAGGUUCAGAUAAAUAACAACAUGAAACAUGAUACAUUCACGGAGCUCCCUGUAUCACUAGUCCUCUUCUCUCUCAUCUGUAUUGACGUUGUGGAGAGGAUGCGCCACUGCAGACUGACCGGCCAGGCUAAUAACAUGGAGAGAGAUGCUGACAUUCCCUCCACUGUCCUCACACAUGUGGAACAGGUAACACCAGUAACACCUAUCCCUCCAGCUGUGCCGGGGCCAGCUGUGCCCGGGCAAGCUGUGCCAACUCCUGCGCCACCAGGAGCAAACCAGCAUAAUGACAGGAACCAGAACGGAGCAGGGGGUCGACCUGAGACCAACGGGACAGUCCUGGGGAUACCAGGUAAUCCUGGGAGACCAUUUAGUAUCUCUGGAUUGAGCUCACAAUCAGCGAGCACCACAGCGUACCGCAUACCUCCGUACGCCUACACGGGUCCACUGAGAUUCAUUUGUGCCAGCGAUGCCCGAGCAGACGUGUUUGUGGACAGUUUUAUGUUCUGGAUGGAUACAGUAGAGAUGGUGAGGGUGGCAGGAGAUCCCCUGGUCUACUACUCAGGCUGGGUGUUCCCCAUCUACAUCUUAAGUUACCUGUCUUGCCUGCGUGUGGUGGUCAUGCCCCACAGCCCCCUGCUUUCCUCACUAGGAGUGGCUGUGCAGGACUUACCCUUCUUCUUUGUGCGUGUUGGCCUCAUUGCCGUCUUUGGCUUUGUCACACCUAUCCUCUAUCUGAUGAAGAACCUGUUGGUCUGCCUGGCCUUUGUCUAUUUCAACUUCAUGACCAAGCUGAGGGUCUUCAACACAGAGAGGUUGUUCUUUUGAGACCAAUACUUCAAGCAAAGCCAGUGCAACAUUAACACAUAGUAGCAGCAAUAGGUUGGCACAAUCAGGAACUGAAGGAUGCUAGCUUUCAGGAGGCGGUUGCACCAGCUCUUCAUAAGUUCGAACUUAGCCUAGUCACAACAAGUGUUUACUAAAUGGAGAUUCACUAAAUUAAAACAGGCUGCACCACACAAUCUAGUUUUUACAUAGAGAUUUGUUACUAAGUAUUUACACCCAGUAACUGCCAAGGGUGUAACUGUUACAUACUGUUAGCUACCUGAACUAGCUAACUGACAUAACUAAAGUUAGCUUGCUAAUACAUGAUGCGUUUACAGUGAGAGUAAGUUAAUAUGGUCGACACAUUUGACAUGACACGUGAUGCGUGAGGCUGUUUAAAAUUUAUGUGAACUGGGAAGAUUUUAAAUUACGAAUAAAUAACACCAUAUAUCUCAAAUUACAAAACAUUGUGCUAAUGACAUCAGACUAAAUAACCAAAUAGUGUCAGGUUAACGUAAUCAGAUGUUUCCCACUCUUUCAAAAAAUGCAUGAAUACUAUAUUUCACCAUGCAUGCAUCUAUAAAUAAAACAAAGUAAGUAAUUCCUACAUUUACAAAGGAUUGGCUCUUUUUUAUAUAUACAUUGUUUGCCCCCAUAAAACUGCUAUUUUUGGCAGUUAUGUUACGGCUUUUGAUGCAGCAGUGACUUGUUGCUUUUAACAGGAUGGUGCUACAGAUGUUUUUUUAAGUUCUAGUGGUACAACUCAAUUUAGUAAAUCACUAGUUUGAAACUAGCUAGUAGUUACUAAGAAUUUAGAAAGAACUUUAAGCACAAACUUGAUUUAGUGUACUACUUAUAACGUGAAUGUUUACUGGAGAUUUAUACAUCACUAAAUUAAAAUAUGUUGCACAACACAAAUUAAUUCUGACGUUCACACCCAGUAACUGCCAGGUGUAACUGUCACAGCUAAUUGAACCAACUGACAAAGCGUAAGCUUUAGCUUGCAAAUAUAUGACUGGUUUAGAAUGAGGAGUAAAAGUGGUCAUAUCAGAUAAUACUAAUAAUACACACUAAUGAUGUAAAUCGGGAAGAUUUUAAAUUACAUUCCACAAAAAUAACACAACUUACCUCAAAUUACAAAAAACAAUCUAAUAAUGUCUGCUAGGUUAGCAUUAUCCGAAAUGUCCAUCUCGUUCUAAACUGCAUUAAUACUACUACUUUACUCUGAAACACAUAUUUCUCCAUAUAAUCAUAUAUAAAUAAAACAAUAACAUUUACAUUUACCUAGAAUAAUUAGACAAGUUUAAUAUAUCAUUCGGCCCCCUAAAAUUGUUAAGUUCUAAUGGUCCAACCCUGUUAGUAAAUCAAUAACUAGCGAAGAAUGUAGGAAGAACUUUAGGCACAAACUUAGUAAUGUAUUUAAGAAAAGCUGGUGCGACCAAACCAAAGUAUGACUUUGUGUAAGAGACACAGAAGAGAUAUUUUGUUAAAAUGCAUGAUGGUACUUUUCACAGGCCAAAAGGGAGCAAUGUUUUCCCAUAAAGGACAUUAUGUGUCAAAUGACUGUUGUGUUAUGUAUGAUUUAGCUUUAUGUUCAAAUAUACAUUUUUUUACCCCUCAAAAACCCUCAUCCUCACCAAGCAUGGCACUUUGGGAAUGUAAUGUAAUGUCACUUGAGAUUUUUUGGCAGAUUUUGUUUCUACCAUCAUAAAGUGCAGUGAUUAUGUAAAAGCAUAAAUACAUGUUGUUUAUAUUAGGUUUUUCUUUGCUAAGUUA